AAGUGAAGUUAUUUGUUAAACCACUUAUAACAUUUUAAUUCCCUGCCCACCAAAGACGAUUAGCAAAAGCUCUCAAGAUUGUGUUACCAUGGUAUUUUUAUCAAUAAUGUUAUUGGUCCAUAAUGGUCUACCAGUAUUGCUUGAUGGAAUCCAGACUGUUUGGUUUCACUGUAUAAAAACGUUCAGUGUGUAUAUGUCUAUGUGUGUGUGUGCUCUCAGUGCUUGAGAGAGGCUUGCGAUAAGAGAAGAAUGGAAAGCCUCUCCUGCCCAGUUGGAUUGUUGACAAAAUGAUCAUGUGAUUAAAAUUAGUUUCUGCUUGUUCUGAGUGUGAAAAGGAAUGAGUCUUACUAAGCAUCAUAUUAAAAGAAUUGAUGCGGUUACAUCAACAAAUCAUCAACACUAACGUCUGGGUGCCUAUACACUCUGGGACUUACUUACCUGAUGUCAUUACAGGUUGCUGUUCACUCUGAAUCAUUCGAGUCUCACCUAAAAUCAUGUCUAUAAAUCAUCUCCAUCACCUGUCUGUGAAGUGGGUGCCUCUUAAUAUGCCAUCCUGUCUAUCUAUCCACCUACCUACCUACCUGCCUGCCUGUCUGUCUAUCUGGUCUGUCUGCCUGCCUGCCCGUGUUCUCUUAAUCUAUCUCUGUCUCACUAGCUUUAUUUGUCAGGGUAUAUAGACAUUACACAUGCUCGCCAUGCCGUGCUGUUAUUGGGUUGUCUUAGCUAAAGUGAUUCAGACCUCUUUAUUUACUCCUGCCCAACAACGGUUGGCUCAGAUGAAAGGUACCUGGUGCACCUAUCUCCACUGUGCCCACAUCUCUGAUGAGAAACCAAGCAGGAGCGUGCACGUGAGCGUGAACGUGCACAUGGUCAACCGCCCACGCCACAUCACACGCGGGGCGAAACCUCAGCAACCCCACCCUACUCCACAUUAGUUCCACCACCGCCCUUCCGCCUUCCCCCUCUCUCACCCUUCUACAUCCCUUUCCUACACACACACAUUUCACUCACACUUCACACUCCGGAAAGUAUGGCCACUGCACUCCAGACGGGUGGAUUCGUCCUGGGCUUGCUCGGCGGGGCUGCCAUCAUCGCCGCCACGGGGAUGAACAACUGGAGCGUCAAGGAUCGUCAGGGGGACGUGGUGACCUCGGUGUACACCUAUAAGGGCCUGUGGCAGAACUGUGAAGUGGGCACCUCAGGCUUCACUGAGUGCCGGCCCCUCUACGGCCUCCUGGGCUUCUCAGGUACCUUUCAGGCAGUGAGAGCACUGAUGAUUGUGGGCAUUGUUCUGGGUGUAAUAGGGGCCAUGAUAGCCCUGUUCUCCCUCAAGUGCCUUAAAAUGGGCAGCAUGGAAGAUUCCUCCAAAGCCAAGAUGACCCUUACAGCGGGGGUCAUGUUCAUCAUUGCAGGCAUUUGUGCUAUUGCUGGAGCUUCAAUCUAUGCUAACCAAAUUGUGGCUAGUUUCAUGAUGACCACCUACAGCCCCAAUUAUGGAGGAGGGAUGGGACAGGGCAUAGAGAAUGGAGGAAAUAUGAUGCCGAGGUACACAUUUGGCCCCGCCCUCUUUGUUGCCUGGAUAGGUGCAGCUUUGCUCUUAUUGGGCGGGAUUCUGAAGUGUGUUGCCUUCAGGGGACUACAGCCAGACAAGUCAACCUACACAGGAGUUGCUUACAAAGCCUCCCAAGCCCAGAACAGGCCAGUCUAUGAUGACCACCAUGCAGAGGAUGGGAAGAGAGAAAACCAAAAAUAUGUAUAAUUUCUGUUAUAUUCUGCAUCAAUAAAUUUGAUUCUACAUUAAGAAGCAUGUAUUUAAAUGUUGCUUCGGAAUAUAGUGCUUCAUUUUCAUAUACGCUUCCUAGAGUUUCAAUACAUUUUACUGCAUGUUAUUUAAACAUUUAAAAAUGUGUAUUCUGUUGCGGUUGAUAGUGGGCUCCAUUUUAUACUGCCAGUAACGGUUUUAGUUUCAUGUGGUCUUGGGUAAUGUGUUGCUAUUUUGUCAAUAAACCAUUAAUGUAAAGCU